CCAGACCCGGCUUUAGUUGUAGUAACUGUUACUCGCUUCAAAGGAGCGUGUUGUUUAUGAAGUCUUACUAGAUCAUCUGCCGUCGAGUGCUUACAGCUGCGUCACUGUUUUUUGGCUCAAGAUGUUUGGUUUCCUGUGGAGUCUCACUGGCAUUUGCUGGCAGAGAGGCAGGCUCUUGUCUGUCAUCUGGUGGCAGUUGGGUUUGUAGCAGCGCUGCUUGCAGACGCUGAACAAGGUCGAUGCAGGAGGCUAGCUCCACAACAGAGGACCAGAAGUCUCUGCUGUAAAGGUGUGUUUAAAGUGAAGAUCAUGGCUGGGGCUUGUGAGAAAUGGAAUGAGAGAGGUUCUGGUCAGAAGAGUGAGACCCAGACCCAGUUCAUCAGUGGUUCCAGUAGCGUAACCACCACUAAAAUGACUACCAUCCGUCUUCGGGACAUUUACGAUCCCAAGCCUCAGACUCCUAAAGCACCGGUGCGGAUCCGCCCUCCAGGUCCUAGAGCUCCCCCAGUAAAGGAACCCAGCUUAAAGCAGACCUCACCCAGUGAUCCCCCGACCAAGACGAUCAUGAGGAGACGAGCUCAGUCUCUUCCUUCGCUACCGGAGAGGAAAAGGGAACUCAGGAGCCUGCAGGUACGCUUUGUUGAUUCACUGGGCAUCGAGUUAGAGGAAGUUAAAGUCUUCAAAGUUCAGGAGCACCCGCUGAUACCCCAACAUGUUAUGUUCAGACUACUGAUGAGCUCUGAACUGGCUUUCGGGAAGUCACUGGAGCUCUCCCUGCCUUACUUCAAACCUUGUUUCCCUGAGAACAUGGGAGCUCAGCCGGACUUCCUGCAGCGUCUCCGCUCUCAGAGUGUGUGUCUGGAGCAGGUCCAUUGUUCAGAUCAGGGGAUAACAGGGACUUUACAUGUCAUUAAUUUGGCUUUUGAGAAAGAGGUCACAGUGCGCUACUCUUUCACCAACUGGAGGACCCUCACAGAAACAACAGCAUCCUGGGUAUCCAGCGGGUACGGCGCCAAGUGUGACGUUCCAGAAACAGAUAUCUUCAGAUUUCGUCUGCCCGUCCCACCCUUCAUUUUGCAGCCAGGAGCCAUUUUAGAAUUUGCCAUCUGCUACCAUGUGAGAGGGUGUAAUUACUGGGACAACAACAAUGGACACAACUACAAGCUGUCAUGCCACAGCUACAAGGUGACUGUGCCGAGAGAGUGUGAGGACAGCAUGCUGCAUUUCACCUGAGCGUCCACACGGUGGGGCUGACACACCUGACUGCCAGAUAAAUGUAACAAGUAUUAUGCUCUACUUUAACUAUUAAAAGUAUGUUUCCCUUUUCAUUUACUUACUCUAUGUUUCUACAGUUUUGACAUACUGAACCACAUUAUACUGCACUUUGAUUAUGCUUUAUGUCAAGGUCCUUGUAAUACAUUUAUUUUAUUUAAAAAAAAAAAAAAAAAAGGAGAAAUGCACAUUGAUUAACAUGAGGACAUUUACACAAUAGACUCUGGUGCGUGUAACAAAUGUUAGUUGGUGUGUGAUAAAGCCUUUGUAAGUCCCCAUUAAAAGCUUAUUACCAUCAAUAAGACUAUUGCUGUGUUAAUAAUAGCAUCAUGAACAUGGUUAUUGUAAGAUUAUGAGACAUUCGAAAGCACUUAUAAAAACCUUGUUACCCGUUUAUUAAGA